AGUGACGGACCCUCGCGAAUAUGGUGGUGCCGGGAUCUGUACUUGGGCUGCUGCUGCCAUUAGUCCUGUGGGCUGACAGAAGUGCAGGUAUUGGUUUUCGCUUUGCUUCAUACAUCGAUAAUUACAUGGUGCUGCAGAAGGAGCCUGCUGGGGCAGUGAUCUGGGGCUUUGGUAUGCCUGGAGCCACAGUGACAGUGACCCUGUGCCAGGGUCAGGAAACCAUCAUGAGGAAAGUGACCAGUGUGAAAGCACACUCUAAUACCUGGAUGGUGGUACUGGAUCCUAUGAAGCCUGGUGGACCUUUUGAAGUGAUGGCACAACAGACUUUGGGAAGAAUGAACUCUACCCUGAGAGUUCAUGAUGUCUUAUUUGGAGAUGUCUGGCUCUGCAGUGGGCAGAGUAACAUGCAGAUGACUGUUUCACAGAUAUUUAAUGCUACAAGGGAGUUGUCUAACACAGCUGCCUAUCAGUCUGUCCGUAUCCUCUCAGUCUCUCUCGUCCAGUCAGAGCAGGAGCUGCAGGACCUUGCUGCCCUUGACUUGCAAUGGUCUGAGCCCACAUCAGAAAACUUAGGCCAUGGAAAUUUCACAUAUAUGUCAGCAGUGUGCUGGCUCUUUGGCCGUUACUUAUAUGACACUCUGCAGUAUCCCAUUGGGCUGAUCUCCUCCAGCUGGGGUGGGACACCCAUUGAAGCCUGGUCAUCUGGAAGGUCACUGAAAGCCUGUGGGGUCCCUAAGGAAGGGUUCAUACCAUAUGAUUCUGUAACUGGACCCAGGGAGCACUCUGUUCUCUGGAAUGCCAUGAUCCAUCCACUACGUAAUAUGACUCUGAAAGGGGUGAUAUGGUACCAGGGGGAGUCCAAUGUAAAUUAUAACAGGAACCUGUACAAUUGCAUGUUCCCUGCACUCAUUGACGACUGGCGCCAAACUUUCCACCAUGGCUCCCAGGGGCAGACCAAACGUUUCUUCCCAUUUGGAUUUGUCCAGAUAUCUUCAGAAAAGUCUACCAACACAUCAGAUGAUGGAUUUCCCCAGAUCCGUUGGCAUCAAACAGCAGACUUUGGCUAUGUCCCCAACCAAAAGAUGCCCAAUACUUUCAUGGCUGUUGCUAUGGAUCUGUGUGAUAGGGACUCGCCUUUUGGCAGCAUCCACCCACGAGAUAAACAGACUGUGGCCUAUCGGCUGCACUUGGGGGCCCGUGCUGUGGCUUACGGUGAGAAGAAAUUGACCUUUCAAGGACCACUGCCUGAGAAGAUAGAACUCUUGGCUCACAAGGGCCUGCUCAACCUCACAUAUUACCAGCAAAUCCAGGUGCAGAGGCAGGACAACAAGAUAUUCGAGAUUUCAUGUUGCAGUGACCAUCAUUGCAAAUGGCUUCCAGCUCCCAUGGACACUUUCUCCACCCAGACCCUGACACUGAAUAUCGAUUCUUGUCAUGAGACUGUGGUUGCUCUUCGCUAUGCCUGGACCACAUGGCCUUGUGAAUAUAAGCAAUGUCCCCUGUACUACCCCAGCAGUAUCCUGCCUGCUCCUCCCUUCAUUGCUUUCAUUACAGACCAGGUUCCUGGACAUCAGAGCAACGUUGCCAAGUGACAGGUGCAAUACAAUCAGAUCUUAGAUAUGAGGGUGGGUCCUUUAGAUUUUGGCAUUUGGGAAUUUAAACGAUGACACCUGUUGCUUUUAAAGAAAAUUAAUAGAAAGCCUCAUUUAAUAUCUCCCAGCUAGCAACAUGACUUUCCAUAUUCUGACAUGAUCCAGGGCUGGUAGGCAAUUUGAAAUGCUUGCCUUUUGUUGCUUAGUCAGUGUAAGAAUCUGUAGACUAAUUCUGAACUACAAAUUGGACCUCAAUGUCAUUCACUUCUUUCACAUUAUUGGGAGUGAAAUGUCAAACACUUUUGCUCCUUUUCAUCCAGAAUUAUGGAAUGUCAGGGUUGGAAGAGAUUUUAAAGGCCACAUAGGCCAUCUAGUGUUUAUGUGUUCUUCAUAAAUAUGAGAAAUGGUUAUCAAAUCUCUGUAUGAAGUUUCCAUUCUAAUAUUCCAAGUUUUACCUAUAUGGAACUGAAAUCUUUCUCCCAUGAAGGUUUACUACUACAUGACAGUCUUUGAAAUAAUUGAAGAUAGACCUAUUUGAUUCUUUUUCAGCCCCAAACAGUUCUUUUCCUUUAUAUUAAAUAAUGAUGAUGUGAAUGUUUAAAACAAACAAACCAGAGCAUGUGCAGACAUUUUGGGAGAUGCUAAGGGACUGCCUUAAGAAAGAAAAGAAAGGCCAAGUGGUGGCCCAGUGACGGCACUCAGGCUGCCUGUUAGGAGGAGGGGCUGGGGCAUUGCAGGCUUAGAAAACAUGAAAGAGUCAACAGAGGCAAACGGGUUGUUGGAGUUAAAUAUAAAUCUCCGGCUCUUUAACAGUAAAAGGUUUAAGGAUAAUCCAGAUGGAAGAAAAAAGUAAGGCUGAAAGUAAAGCCACAUGGUAAACAUACAGAAAAAUAAUGCAGACGAGACAAAUGUGAAAGGGGGCUUUUGUGUGUUUUAAUGCUGUUUAUUGGUUGAUUAAAAACAGCUAAUGGCACUUGAAAAUUGUAUUAUCUAUUAGAAGUUGGAAAUAAAAGUAUAAUCAUUA